UCCACAAAUAAUUAAUAAUAAUAAUAAAGAAAAGAAAGCAUUACAUUUACUUAGUGACUCUGACAAGGUUUGACGAGUGAGAGAGAACGAAGAAGAAGAAGAAUUCUCUUCCUUCGUAAAAGCUUUUCUCCCUCGUUUGUAACGCCCAUUAAGAAUAAUGGCUUCAGAUCCAAAGGUGCACAAAUUCGAAGAAGUGGCUCAACAUAACAAGACCAAGGAUUGUUGGCUAAUUGUUUCGGGAAAGGUGUAUGAUGUUACGCCAUUUAUGGAUGAUCAUCCCGGAGGAGAUGAAGUGCUGCUAUCAGCUACUGGGAAAGAUGCAACCAAUGAUUUUGAAGAUGUAGGCCACAGUGAUUCAGCUAGAGAAAUGAUGGAGCAGUACUACAUAGGAGAGAUUGAUGCUGCAACUGUUCCGCUAAAACGGACCUACAUUCCACCGCAGCAAACUCCACACAAUCCCGAUAAGACACCUGAGUUUGUCAUCAAAAUUUUGCAGUUCUUAGUUCCGCUUUUAAUCUUGGGUUUAGCAUUCGCUGUCCGACACUUCACCAAGCAGGAAUAGGUUCAGAUCAGAACUGUAGAGAAGGGCAGAGUGGUUACUAUGCAUUUGGAAGAACAGUUAUUUUUUGCAGCCAUUGUUUAAUUAUGUGCUCUUCUAAUCAAAUUGAGAGUCUGUUUGAGUUGAUUAGUUUCUGUGUUGUUCUCUGUUUUCUAUGUUCUUCAGUUCAUUUUAGUUGGAACUCAACUUAUAAGUUAUAAUAACAACAGUGUGCUCAGUUUCAUUGUUUA